AUGUCGCCACAAGUAUAUAGAUCAACGAGAUCCGAUAAACCAAAAGAGUCAUCUUUUGAGGAUGUCGUAAUGACCGGGUUGGCUCCAGAUGGAGGUCUUUACUUGCCAUCUGAGAUCCCCAAACUACCAUCCGACUUUCUCGAUACGUGGAAGAACAUGUCGUUCAAUGAAUUAGCCUUUGAAAUUAUGAGAUUGUACAUCAAUGAGCGUGAAAUUCCAAAUGAUGAUUUGAAAGAUUUAAUUAAGCGCUCUUAUUCCACGUUUAGGUCACCAGAAGUCACACCGUUAAAGAAGCUUGAUGACAAGUUGUAUUUGUUGGAAUUGUUUCAUGGUCCUACUUAUGCCUUCAAAGAUGUGGCUUUACAAUUUGUCGGUAAUUUGUUUGAGUACUUUUUAACGAGAAGAAACAGUAAAAAGGGUGAUGGAGAACCAAGGGAUAUCAUCACUGUUGUUGGCGCCACUUCUGGUGACACUGGAUCGGCUGCUAUCUACGGUUUGAGAGGUAAAAAAGAUGUCUCUGUAUUCAUCUUAUAUCCUACUGGUAGAAUCAGUCCUAUUCAGGAGGAGCAGAUGACAACUGUAGAGGACUCCAACGUACAUACGUUAUCAGUAAAGGGGACAUUUGACGACUGUCAGGAUAUUGUGAAACUGAUCUUUGGAGACAAAGAGUUUAACGACAAGUAUCAUGUUGGUGCUGUUAAUUCAAUCAAUUGGGCAAGAAUUCUAGCCCAACAAACAUACUACUUUUACUCUUUCUUCCAGUUGCAGAAGCAAGUCCAAGGAAAAGUCAGAUUUGUUGUUCCAUCGGGAAAUUUUGGUGACAUUUUGGCUGGGUACUACGCGUACAAGAUGGGAUUGCCAGCGGACAAGUUGAUCAUUGCGACAAAUGAAAAUGACAUUUUGGAUAGAUUUAUGAAAUCGGGAGAAUAUGCCAAACAACAAGAAGUUGGCGUAAAGGCUACUUACUCGCCAGCUAUGGAUAUUUUAAUUUCGUCUAAUUUUGAGAGAUUGUUGUGGUAUUUGAUUAGAGACAAUGUGACUGGAGGAGAUGAUGAAAAAGCUGGUUCUGUUUUAAAUGACUGGAUGAAGCAAUUGAAAGAGAAUGGAAAGUUUGUUGCUCCUCAAAAAGUGGUGGAAAAAGCGAGGGUAGUUUUUGAUUCCGAUAGAGUUGAUAACGAUGCCACAAUUGAGACCAUCAAACACGUUUAUUCCACUAACCCGGAAAAGUAUGUCAUAGAUCCACACACUUCCGUUGGUAUUAAGACAUCUCAUAGGUUUAUCGAAAAAGAUCAAGAGCCUAUACAGUAUAUAUCACUUUCAACUGCUCAUCCGGCUAAAUUCUCCGAGGUUGUCAACAAAGCCCUUCAAGGAUUUGAGGGCUACUCUUUCGAGAAAGAUGUGUUACCAGAAGAAUUGAAGCAGUUGAGUAACAAGGAAAAGAGAAUCAAACUUAUUGAUGAACCAAGUAUUGAAAAAGUGAAACAAGCCAUCAAAGAUGAAUUGAAGUUUUAA